GUAUGAAGUCCGUCAUGGUGGAUGUCGAUGGUGUGGAAGAGGAGGUGUUGGUGGACGAUGAGUGUGGGCCUGUGAUGCACAAUCCAGAUAGAGGCCGGCUGAUUCAAUCAUCACCGCCUUGGCUGCAAGCGAUUCUGCUGGCAACGGGGCCAGACCAAGGCCGAAUCUUUGCCAGGGUGAAUUACACCCAGGCCGAGCGGCAAGGUGGUUUCCACACAGACCGGGCCGAGAAGACCUGGCCGUACCUCACAUCCACAGAAAGGAAGGUCUUGCUACAUAUGGUGGCGAAGAUCAACCGGCAAAUGAAGGACAGGCUGGAGCCGACACAGAGGCCGCCUUUGAAGCUACGGCCUCCUGCUGCAGGGAAGUUGCGAGACCUGUACAAGCUGCUCGGGCGCACAGAUGAUGAUGACUUCACAUUGGAAUCUGACCCCAGCGAGCUGCCGUCAUCGGCGGAUUGA